GGUGAGCUAGUUGCCAUUAAAGAAUUUCUUAAUCCGAGCGCCAAGGUUUCACUGUCACGUUCAACGCUAGUUAAAAUGAAGCAGUUAAGAGACAUGCAGCAUAAUAAUGUUAACACAAUUUUGGGUGCAUGUAUCCAAAAAGAUCGUAUUCGACUAGUGACAUUGUAUUGCACUAAAGGUAGCUUACAGGAUGUAUUGGAAAAUGAUAAUAUUAAACUCGACAACAGCUUUAAGUUGUCUAUUGCAACUGAUAUUGCAAGAGGUCUUCAUUAUAUUCAUGGCAGCCCUAUACUAUUCCAUGGUAAUUUAAAGUCGUCUAAUGUGGUUAUUGAUAGCCGCUGGGUAUGUAAAUUAACCGACUUUGGCGGAUUUCAUGUCAAAUUUGUUAGCGCAAAUGGAGAAGCAGGAGAAUAUGCGGAAUACUCUAAAUUGUUAUGGACCGCUCCUGAGCAUUUAAGAGGUAAUAAAUUAGGUUCUGUUAAAGGAGAUAUCUAUAGUUAUGGGAUGAUAUUACAAGAAAUUAUUUUGCGAGGUUUACCCUUCUGUACCACCAAUUAUACUCCAAAAGGUUUGAUUCAAAUUAUCGACAUGGUAAUAGCAAGAGUAGAUCCUCCUUUUCGACCUCAAAUUCCCGAUGGAGAAUGUUCGGAUGAUAUGCUGCGCUUGAUGCAAAAAUGUUGGAGACAUGAUCCAUUAAGCCGUCCAACAACGCAAGUGAUACAAAAAAAAUUAGUUGCCAUGAAUAACGGCAGGUCAAUCAAUAUCAUGGAUAACAUGCUGAAAAUGAUGGAGAAAUAUGCCAAUGAUCUAGAAGAUUUAGUUGCCGAUCGCACUCGAGAAUUAAAUGAAGAGAAGAAAAAGACUGAUGAACUUCUCUAUCGAAUGUUACCUAGGAUUGUUGCCGAACAAUUGAAGAAAGGCCAAACGGUUACCGCAGAAUCAUUUGAACAAGUGACCAUCUUUUUUAGUGAUAUAGUCGGUUUCACGGCUUUGGCAGCUUCUAGUACACCUUUGCAAGUGGUCUCAUUACUUAAUGAUUUAUAUACCUGCUUUGACAAUGUAGCAGACAUGUAUGAUGUCUAUAAGGUAGAAACAAUUGGUGAUGCAUACAUGGUGGUAUCCGGCUUACCAAUUCGCAACGGAAAUCGGCAUGCUGGAGAAGUUGCUACUUUCGCAUUAGAUCUUUUACAUUGUGUACGCAAUUUUCAAAUCCCCCAUAUCCCCGGCAAACAACUACAACUGAGAAUUGGCUUGCAUUCAGGACCUUGUGUAGCUGGUGUUGUGGGUCUAAAAAUGCCACGAUAUUGUUUAUUUGGAGAUACUGUUAAUUAUGCAUCACGCAUGGAAUCGAGUGGACUUGGUAUUUCAUUGCGAUAG